UGAGCGCGAUUCAACGUUUUGGCUUAUUUUCUGCGUUGCCUUCACAAGAAAUUGAAGUUGUCGACCUGCGACAGAAGUAGAUCGACCGUAUUAGAGCAACACUAACAUAACAUCGCAAAUGGAUCGUUGACAAGAACAUUGACAUACAAGAUAUUCGCACAAGAACACGCUGCGUCAACAUACAACGAAGAAACCCAAUCCCAAGAAACCCAAUGUCUCCUCCCACCAGCACGAACCCCAUCAGCACCGCGUUGUCUCCCGAAUUCGCGGCCGUUCGUCAGGGCUGCCUGGAUUUUCUGGAUAUGAACUGCAAAAGUAUCGUACAACUCGUAUAAAUGCAUUACAAAUUUUCUCAGCAUGAGAAAUAAUAAUAAAAUUUGUAAUGCUGAUUUGCCUUGACAAAGAAAUUUGUAAUGCAAGACCAGCAUUUAUACGAGUACGAUACUUUUGCACAGGAUACUGGAGAAACAAGCGGAAUCCUACGAUGACUGGAUGGUGCUCCAGAGCGGCGAAAAACAAACUAGUUCUACUUCAUCGAGUUCUGGCGCCAAGCCCUUGAACAAUAGGAUUUCCGCCGAAAAACUCGAGAUCGCUCGGUACGUCGGCAAAAAAUACGUCGGGGACGAUAUUGUGGAGAAAAAUCCGCCCUCCCCAUAUCGAAAACGGAAUUUGUGUUGCUGUAUUUGAGUACAAAAAUCGCUUUGUAUUGCCAGAAGGCCAAGAGACGCGGUUGCUACCUCGUUUGGAGGCAAUUUGUCACGCUGUUUCCCGUUUCCAGUUGCUUCUUGUCAUUAUGACGGCAGUAACGUGCCCAACAGGCUAGUUACCCAAAGGGAUACAGUUUUUUUUUUUCGGUGUAAAUAAGGUAGUUAUAUAUUAAAUAGCUAGCGAAAAUGCUUUGUUUUUAGUUAGCUUAAUAGCUUAUGUAUAUAAGGCGUUUUUGAAGGCUGGAUGUCGGCGGAGUAGCGUCGUGGAAGCCUUCAAAAACGCCUUUUCUAGCUACUGAGCUUAUAUAUCUAUUUCAACUAGGUAGCUUAUAUAAAUAUCUAUAUUAUCUAUAUAAGAUAAACCGAAAUUUUUUUUUUAUCCCCCAUGGGUAAGUUAGGGGUUGGGCACGUUACUGCCGUCAUAGUCAUGCUGAAGACGCAAGGCUUUCCAUUCCUGCGCCAGCCAGCAAUACAAUCCGAAUCUCUUCCCUUCUAGCAUGACAACGCCACUUGUGAUCACAAAUCAUGCUACACAAAUCUCCGUUUUAAUAUGGGGAGGGGAGAUUUUUCAUUUUGAUAGACGACAUCAUCGCGGUGCGUGGACGCUUGGUGUUUCCCGAAACCGAGCCGGCGGAGAUCCUGGGACUGAUCGUGGAUUUGGAGCGCCGGAAACUCUGGGAUUCGCAGAUGGAGUAUGGCAGGGUUCAUGUGCAAUACGAAGGCGCAGCAGGCGGAGAUGAUGGUAAAGAUGAACAGUCGACCACAGUAGCCCACAACGACGCAGUUCUUAAUACACGCGCAUCAACAAGAACAUCAACGCAAGCAGCCGGGUGCGAUCUGGCCCACUUGGCGUACAAGGGCGCGCUGUUUGUGCAGCCGCGGGACCUGUGCCUACUGCGAGCGUGGCACCCGACGGACUUUGGCUGCGUUUUGGUGGCGCAGUCGGUGGCCGACGAGGCGAUCCUAUGGAUUGCAAAAGUGUCUGGGUCUGGAGAAGGUUGGAACUUGUAAGGCUAGCGUUCCAUACUUAGAAAAUCUAUAUUGCAUAGACCAACAAAAGUCGCAGCCUCUUUUGCACAGACAUGCAAAAACGCAGCUUCUCAUGCGGAUUGCCUAUGAGAACGCGUUCUGGAAAGUUGUCACGCUGGGUUGCAUUCGGAACUGUUUCCAUCAUCCACAUUUUAGCAUCAGAAGUUUCCAGACCCAGACAUAUUUGCAUCUGAUAGAUCCCGGAAAAACCGGGGGUCGUACGGGCGGAACUCCGGGAAUGCGGCUAUGAAAGCCUCAGGGUGGAAAAUCCCAAAGUGAAAAUAAUUAUAAUUUGGAAUGCAAAAAAACGACUCCAGUUGAAGCACCAUUUCUAGUCGGCGCAUGGCAAAUUUCCCGGGCACUCAAAGCGUGUCUGUCAUGCUAGUUAGGCAAAGGGGUGCCCUUCUCUCGUGCUAACCAGGAGCCCAAUUCUGAACCAGUAGGCGCACAAUAGUCGACCUCCAUUGCGUUCUCUGCAAUGCAGUCUUUUUGGUGUCGCAUUUCAUGCAGCACAAAUUAGCUCAUCCACUUUGAUGAGAAUUUCCAUGCUGAGGCUUGCAUAGCGGCUACUGGCUGAAGGCGGAUGGGUAUCCAAGGCUAAAAGUGUCACUUACACAUUUGUAUUGAAUUCUCAGCAUCACAAAUUUGCCUCGCAUGACGGAGGAAACUUGUAAUGCAGAGAUCAUAUUCAUAAGGCGAAACGCACACGAAACGAGACCUCUAAGCAUUUAUCGCAUGACAGAGGUCGUCUGUUUUGCAUGUUUUGCAACACAAUGUGUAACUGUGCCACUUUGUUCGGUGCAUAAUGGGCGGGGGAACACGGAGGCAACCUACAUCUCGUCGCUGGACUUCAAGGGCAACAUCCCCGCCACCUAUGCAAGAAAAAAAGUGUGUACUAAGUGUAAAUCUGUGAUGCAGAAAAUGCAAAACAGUUUACACUUGUCAUGCUCGACGUACAUGAUCGGCUCGCUUCCUAUGUGUUUUCCCUUCGUAUCUGCGCAUCACAAGUUUUGCCUGUCAUGGCAGACAAACUUGUGAUGCUGUUUUCCCAAAGAAAAGACCUACACUAUACACAGUUUUUUUUCUUGGAUACCACCUUCACCAACGUGAUUCUGCGGCAACAGCCCGGUACACUCCUGGAGAUGCGGAAUAUCUUGCGGAAGCGCAAGGGGCAACCCGAACUGGACGCCGGGUGCGGUGUGCAGUGAAGAGCAGCUGGGAAGAUGAUCAACAUCUAGUCCCGGCCUUCGAGAUGAAAUGUUCAUGCAGUUGCAGGAGGAGUUUUUCUUUUUUGUGAAGUAGAGCCGGAGCAGCGCGAGCCCUAAUAGUAAAUGUGUUGAGCAGUCCAUCUGCAUCCGGGGUAAAUAUGUGUGGUGAAUGGCCAACCAUAUUUCGUUCAAGAAGCGCGGCAUGAAUGUGUCUGCUACAUGUACAUGAACAUCUUAAUUGUUGAUGCCGCUGUAUUCAACGGUUGGAGGCACCACCUGUCUGGUGCGGAAGUUUUCUCAAUCUUCUGUGUGCAGUCCCGGUCGUCCUGACGACCUGGGAAGUAAGUCUGAUGCUGUAGUCAAUUCGUGGUUUUUAUCCACUGGUCUGGAGAAAUGAAU